CAUCUGCACAAAUUUUUUUUUCGAGACGCUUCAGUUUCUCUCCUGGCGGGAAAGCACAGCCAUGUACUGGCUUACAGCACGAAACGCCGUCGUUUUCGUUCACCGGUGGCGCUCUCUCUCCUUCAUUUUCAGCCCCUCUCUCUGCCGCCCUUCCCCUACGGCCGGCUCCCCUCGCCAUACUAGACAGCCCAGUCACAUUUUUUGCUUCAAAGAGAGAAAGCAUUAUACAAAAACUUCAAAGAAGCUUAAAGAAUCUAAAAUUUCAUUGGAAGAUAAAGAUUAUGCUCAUAUUAUCUGGUGGAAGGAGAAACUGGAAAUGUGCAGAAAGCCUUCUUCUGUUCUACUGGUCAAGCGGUUGGCUUUUACUAAUUUGCUGGGGGUUGAUAGUACCUUAAAGAAUGGAAGCCUCAAAGAAGGAAAUCUUAACUGCGAAAUGUUGCAAUUCAAGUCAAAAUUUCCGCGUGAAGUUUUACUCUGCAGAGUCGGAGAUUUUUAUGAGGCUAUCGGUAUUGAUGCUUGCAUCCUAGUAGAAUAUGCUGGAUUGAAUCCUUUUGGUGGUUUACGUUCAGACAGCAUACCUAGGGCAGGUUGCCCCGUGGUGAAUUUACGACAGACUUUGGAUGAUCUGACCCGUAAUGGUUUUUCUGUUUGCAUAGUGGAGGAAGUUCAGGGUCCAACUCAUGCCCGGACACGCAAAAGUCGUUUUAUAUCUGGGCAUGCACAUCCUGGUAGUCCUUACGUGUUUGGGCUUGUUGAAGACAAUCAUGAUCUGGAUUUUCCUGACCCUAUGCCUGUAGUAGGGAUAUCUCGCUCAGCUAAGGGAUAUUGUAUGCUUUCGGUGCUUGAGACAAUGAAGACUUAUUCUGUUGAGGAUAAUCUGACAGAAGAAGCAUUGGUAGCCAAACUUCGUACUUGUCGGUGCCAUCAUAUGUUCCUCCACACAUCAUUGAGGAACAGUUCUUCAGGUACUUGUCGCUGGGGAGAAUUUGGUGAAGGCGGACUUUUAUGGGGUGAAUGUAAUGCUAGGCAAUUUGAGUGGUUUAACGGUGAUCCAGUUAGCGAGCUCUUAUACAAGGUUAAAGAGCUCUAUGGCCUUGAAGAUAAUACAACAUUCAGAAAUGUUACGGUUGCCCCAGAAAAUAGGCCAAGUCCUUUGUACCUCGGGACAGCCACACAAAUUGGUGCUAUUCCAACUGAAGGAAUUCCCUGUUUACUCAGGGUUCUACUUCCACCAAGUUGUGUUGGCCUACCUAUCAUGUAUAUCAGGGAUCUUCUUUUGAACCCUCCUGCCUAUGAGAUUGCAUCAAAAGUACAAGAAGCUUGUAAAUCGAUGAGCAACAUAACAUGCUCCAUUCCUGAAUUUACAUGUGUUCCCUCUGCCAAGCUGGUGAAGUUGCUUGAGUUGAGAGAGACCAAUCAUAUUGAGUUUUGCAAGAUAAAAAGUGUUCUUGAUGACAUUAUACAACUGUAUUCAAAUUCUGAGCUUAGAGAGAUUCUAAAGUUGUUAAUGGAUCCUACAUGGGUAGCAACUGGACUAAAAGUCGAAUUAGAGACAUUAGUGAGUGAAUGUAGAUCAGUUUCUUCUAGAAUUAGUGAAAUUAUCUCAUUAGAUGGGGAAAGUGACCAAAAGAUAACCUCAUCUACCACAAUUCCAAAUGAGUUUUUUGAAGAUUUGGAGUCUUCGUGGAAAGGUCGUGUCAAGAGGAUCCAUUUAGAAGAAGAAUUUGCUGAAGUAGAUGAAGCUGCCAAGGCCCUAUCAGUUGCUAUUAAAGAGGACUUCAUCCCUAUAAUUUCAAGAAUCAAAGCAGUGAUGGCUCCUCUUGGUGGACCAAAGGGAGAGAUACUAUAUGCUCGCGAGCAUGAAGCUGUCUGGUUCAAGGGGAAACGUUUUGCUCCAAUUGUACACUCUGAUUCCCAAAUAGAAGAAAAAAUCAAACAGCUCAGACCCGCCUUAGAUUCCAAAGGCAAAAAAGUUGGUGAAGAAUGGUUUACCACAAUAAAGGUGGAGGAUGCAUUGACCAGAUAUCAUGAGGCUGGUGACAAGGCAAAAAGAAAAGUUUUAGAACUUUUAAGAGAAUUAUCUGUUGAACUACAAACAAAGAUCAAUGUGCUAGUUUUUGCAUCAAUGUUGCUUGUCAUUGCAAAGGCACUAUUUGGCCAUGUCAGUGAAGGAAGGAGGAGAAAAUGGGUUUUUCCUACUCUCACUCACCACCACAAAUCUGAGGAUACAGGAAUGCUACAUGGAGCUGAGGGGAUGAAGUUCGUCAGAUUAUCCCCUUAUUGGUUUGAUGCAGCACAAGGUGGUGCUGUACGGAAUACUUUUGAUAUGAAGUCAUUGUUUCUAUUAACAGGACCUAAUGGGGGUGGGAAAUCAAGUCUGCUAAGAUCGAUUUGUGCCGCUGCUCUACUUGGAAUGUGUGGACUGAUGAUCCCAGCUGAAUCUGCUAUUAUUCCUCACUUCGAUGCCAUUAUGCUUCAUAUGAAAUCCUACGACAGUCCUGCGGAUGGAAAGAGCUCGUUUCAGGUUGAGAUGUCGGAGAUUCGUUCUAUUAUUACUAGAGCCACUUCAAAGAGCCUCGUACUUAUUGAUGAAAUAUGUCGAGGUACUGAAACAGCAAAAGGUACAUGUAUUGCCGGUGGUGUCAUUGAAACCCUUGAUGCAGUUAGUUGUCUGGGUAUCGUGUCCACCCACCUUCACGGAAUAUUUGAUCUACCAUUGAAAACAAAAAAUGUCGUGUUCAAAGCUAUGGGAGCAGAACAUGUCAACAACCAAACCGUGCCCACAUGGAAAUUAAUUGAUGGGGUCUGUAGAGAGAGUCUUGCAUUUGAAACAGCUCAAAGAGAAGGAGUUCCUAGUGAAUUAAUCGAGAGAGCCAAGGAAUUAUACGCUGCAGUAUAUGCAAAAGACUCGUUAAGAAGAGACGAACGGUUCUCUGCUCCGACCAUUGUUGACACAUCUAACAUGGUGACGAAUAGACCAAGUCAUCCUGAAAUGGGAAUUUCUCCAUCGGUGAAAUCUGUGAGAUCUGCUGAGACUUUGAGUGAGGAAGUAGAGAAAGCCGUGAUUAGUAUAUGUGAGGAGAGUUUAAUGGAGCUGUACAAGAAGCAUCACCUCUUGGAACCUUCACCAUUGAGAUGUGUCUUGAUUGGCGCUAAGGAACAGCCGCCUCCAUCCACCAUUGGUGCUUCGAGCGUUUAUAUCAUGCUUAGACCUGACAGAAAGCUCUACAUCGGAGAGACCGAUGACCUUCAAGGUCGGAUCUGUACUCAUCGUGCCAAGGAGGGAAUGCAGAAGGCGUCAUUUCUCUACAUGUUGGUAGCAGGGAAGAGCGUGGCCUGUCAAAUGGAGACGCUUCUGAUCAACCAGCUCCCGGCACGAGGCUUUCAAAUCACUAAUUUAGCCGACGGAAAACAUCGAAACUUUGGCACUAGUGAUGUGUUAGGAAGUGAGAUGAUGAUCAGAUGAUCUUUGCCGAGUAUGGAAAUUGAUGUCUACAAAAUGUAAAUACUACUAUUCACUAGUAAACCUUAGAGGUAGAUGAAGUUGCAGCAAUUUUGGAUCUAUAUCAGCUGCUUCACUCAGAUUAUUUUGCAAAAAGUUCUAAGCUACUUUUGUUACAACCCUUUUCGUUAUGUGGUAGUACAACAUUUAUCUUCUAUUAAUCAAUCAUGAUUUAAUUUUA